UGCGAGCUACGUGGCGUUUCUCCCAGUGAUGUGAAGUUUCUGAGGCAGCGGUUAGAAAAGCUGCAGUAGGACUUCUUGGGUUGUCCAAGAAAACUGCAAUGAGAGCCAAACCUCGGUUAACCCCUCUUAGUUACAACCCCGAUUCCCGGACUGCGCUUCUCUGAAGGGAAAUUGGCCUUUUGAGGGAGGUAAAGGAUUAGCUGACCGACCGACUUUACUCUCAGACACGAUUUCCACACGAACGGAGGCUCGUAACUCCAGUCAGCUACUUAAGUAGGUUAGUUAGCAAAAUGCCGAGCAGCGAAGUGAAGCACAGAAAGGCGAAAACGAGCGUCUCGCAUGACGGAGAAACUAACGGCACUUCAAAGCCGAGCAGCAGAGAGGAAGGAAAGAAAGACGGAGCAGGUCCGUCUGAACAAAACCGCCCGACUGCUGGAAGGUCUGGACUGUGUUCAUCCCUGGACCUGAGGACGACGGUCAGCUUUCUGUCGCUGAGCGCCUGCUGUCUGCUCGCGGGGGUUGUUGUUCAUCAGAAUGCAAGAUUUAAUGACGUGGAGGAGAAAUACAGACAGUUAUAUGAAAAGGCAGCCAAUCUCCUGGUGCUAGAAGAAAAAAUGGGUGCCGUUUCCAAAAAGCUGGAGGCCUCAGAAGACCAUCUGAAGGGGGCGCUUUCUUCCAUCACCCUAGUCACCAGGCUGGAACACGACAUCACAUCUCUCAAUGCUGUUGUUACGGCAAUGCAGGAAGACCAGGAUGCAUCUACACGUCACCUCCAGGGGGUGAAUGAGCGUUUCCAGAAUGUGACAGAGGAGUGGCAGAGCAAGCUGGGGACGGUAACCGACGAGCUGGUCAGUCUGAGGUCCGAGUCCCGCUUGGUUCAUGGGCGUGUGACAGAACAAGUGAAUGACGCAGAGGGACGCCUACAUGCACUGACUGAACGUCUGGAGGAGCUGGAAGACGGCACAAGGAGAAAUGCCCGCUUGCUGGAGCGCACAGAGGAGGAGGAUGCUCAGCAGGUCCAGAGCCAGCUGGACUGGAACACACGACAGGUAACCAGGCUUCAAGAGCAGCUUAAACAGCUGUCCAGAAAUGACAUAGAGCUCCAGGAGAAGCUGGAGGAAACGGAGCCCAAGGCUAAGGAGUGUGAGGCCCAGCUGCCCACUGUGGAGGACGCAGUGCGGUCCAUCUUGAAGUUAGGAGCAGACCUGAGCAGUACAGAGAGGAGGCUAGAGGAGCUGACCUUCCAGGUGCUGGGCACUGAGGACAGCAUGCUCAAAGCCCUGGCUGAAAUCCUGGAGCUCAGGCAGGCCCUUGACGACCUGCAGGUGGAUAACAGCGUGAAGAAAAUGAGCAGUGAGCUCGGAGUUGUGUUGGAAGCCAUGAAAGAACUUGAGCACCUGCAAAGAGAACAGGAUCUGUAUUCCAGAAGAGAGGAACUGCAGCCAGGUGAUGGGAAGGACUUUGAGAGGCUUGAUCUGAAAGAUCUACAUUUUGAAAAUGUUAAGCAACUAAGUAACGCUUUAAAGGACUUGGAGAAGAAUGUUUUGCUGGAGCCAGCACUAGAUCACAGUGAUGGCCAGACUACAGGCACUGAGGAGGAUCCCUUGGCUGAAUUUGAUGAACUGCUCUGAUUUUUAUGAAUUAUGCUUAAAGGAGAAUUCUACCAAUUUUAAAUUGAAAUGACUGAGUGUUUGAGAUCUAAGUGAUUCAGAGUGGUUUGGUGUGAAAUUGUUAAUUUUAGAGAAACCUCUGAUUUCUUUCUAAUUGUAGAGAAAUCUGAUUUCUUCACAGUGGCAAUAAUAGGAACCAGGUGUUGCAAUGUCUCAAACACAAGUAGUGUUAUUUUGUUUACUGUUCAACACCAACAGUAAACCUACACAUGUCUGCGCAAACCUCUUUGCUAUGAACUGCUUUAAAAAAAUACAUUUUAGGACAUAAUCUUUUUGUAAGUACUUUAAGUAUUGUAAAACAAUAUCUCAGACAUCAGACAGUGUGUUCAUAAUCAUUAAUGCAUUACCUCUUUGUGAGGGAGUUUUUAGAGGCAUUAAACCCUUUAGCCACCUGGUUCCUAUCACCAUCACUGUGAACAGUUCUGAAUUGGUAAUCAAACCACUCUGAGCGACUUUGAUAACAUACCAUGUUUACAUCAUUUAGCUAUGCAGAAAUUUUAGGGAAAAAAGGUGGAAUUGCCCUUAAAAGCUGCAGAUACCAGGUACCAUCCUACCAAUAUUAGUAUUUCUGUAUUUAUGUCUGUAAUGGGGAUGGGUAAUAUGGCAAAAAAAAUUACAGUACUUGAACACAUUUUCACUACUCGCUAUACAAGAUGUCUAUCCAGUUGAACAGGGCCAAUUAUGUGCCUAUAUAAGGUACCUGACAACAUCAAAAUUCAAACGUGCAUUUAUCUAACAGCAGGACAAAGCUUCUGGCUGCUAUGCCACUGAGGAGCCCUGCCAAAAUCUCUUUAUAAUGAAACAUGCAAUUGAUCAAUGUUACAGGCUUGACAUUGUAACAAUAAAAGAACAAUUUUUGGUGCUAUAUAGAACCCUUUCAUUUAAGGUUCUAUACAAAACCAUCUGUAGCACAUUCUCCAUCUAUCUGAAGAGCCCUUUAACAAUGCAAAGAACCCUUCAAUUAUGCAGUGUUCUUUUGUGCGUUUAUGGUUCUAUAUUGAACAAUUUUCUUUACUAAAAAAACAUUGAAGUACCAUCAUUUUUCAGAGUGUAGUGGAUUUCAUAUUUAUAUCACCUCAAAAACGUGUUGAUAUGCUGUAUAUUAUGAAUGUAACAUGAGUGCACUGUCACUGCCAUGUAAUGGUCCUUAGGUGUAAAAUAGGCCACAGCUUUCAGUUUGCACAAUGUUAAGUUUUGUAUACUCACUAUUCAAAUCAUCGUAUAAGCAGGUAAAUCUAUAAUGUGGGCUAAGAAGCAUCACAUUUGUAUAUGCCAGUAUGGCCUUGAGAUACGUAUGUCUCAAUUUAUAGUGUUAUUUAUACAGACUUGAUGUUUGCAUGAUAAUACAAAAAUACAUGUCAUGAGUCAAAAAAACAAGACGUUGUGGGGUUGAAUAUGUUUCUCAGAAUGUAAUAUACUUUACUGUAAGAUAGCUCCUGGUCAAACUAAACUAUAGUGUGAAAGCAGCAUAUGAAAGUAACACCAGGGUAUCUCCAGUGCAUUUACUAAGCCACAGCCAUACUUGUUUUUAUCAGAUUUUCAUUGUGAUCCUGUUACACAUUUCCUUUGAUUAUUUGUGCAAAUUGUUAAUAUGUUCUGUAUGAAGUGCAGUGGAUGGAUCCCUGCCUGUGUGAGACAAUAAAAAGAAAAGUUUACCUGAA